GUGGCUAAUUCUUAUUGUGGCUCGCUUCACAUAGGUGUCUAACGUCACCGAUUCGGGUUUGACUCGGGGCUUGUCAGCUAGGCUACAUUACGCCAGGUCAGGUUGUGGCGUCUAUGUGGGGGAAAUCCGCAUAGCGGGAUUGCAUGCUGUUUUAUGAAAGAAUACCUAGUAUUUUUCUCGAAUAAACUACCGGAUACAAAUCUGCUCUGAGUCCACGGAGGGAGAAAAAACAUAUACAAAUCCUGAUUCCAUUGCCGGCAGAAAGAGGGAACUUCGGCUUUUGUUUUGUUCAAAAAAAACAAGUGAAGAAGACCUUUGCAGAUCUGUCUGUUGGAUAUGAUCUGAAUUGUAAGGAGGCAAAUCAUUUUGAACUAUCCAUUGUGUUUCAUGGAACUUGCCAUUGGGGGCAUCGAGCACCUCCCGCCCCUUCGCCUCUAUCCCAAAAUACUGGAGGCUAUAGCAAUAGCAGUGACGACCUGCAGCAUUGGAUGAGACACGGGAUCCAAGGUACACUUGACCACAAUAGAAACCUGUUUUGGACGAUUUCUGCUCCCCCGCAUCGUUUACCAAACUCUGUUAGAUAGGUACGCAUCAUCUCGUUUGUUCGGUUGUGCGUUAAAAAAAAGCUCCUUGGAUAUCUUCCGCAGAUCUCAACGCCAAUCUACCGUACGGACACCGAUUCGUGGUGCGUAGUUCAAAAGCUACUGAUCGUUGGAAUAACUACAGUCAGUCAAUAAUUGAUGCUUUCCACGUCGGCUCAUUAGCUUGAAACUAGUUCCAAAUCGGCAUCGGUUCUGAAGGUAACGGCGUAUUCCCAACAUACCUGGUCCAAACCAUUUGGAGUGAAUUGAUCCAGUCCACUAAGGGGAAGCUAUCAGAGAAGUUCCGGAGAGUUGAAGCGCCGUGGCGAUGUUGGCGAGUGUUUGGAUUGUCCUCCUGGCUGUGAACAUAGAAGCUGGAGAUGGACAGAGUGUCCAGAUGGACUCCAUUAAGUCAGGAUUCGUGGGCUCCCAGGUGGAGCUGCGUUGUAUCUUCGUUAAUUCCAACCCUCCAGUCAAGAUCUCUCAGGUGACGUGGCAGAAGUUCCUGAACGGCACCAAACAGAACGUGGCCAUCGCCAACCCGUCGCUGGGGGUGUCCGUGCUCCCGCCCUUCAAGGAGAGGGUGACCUUCAAGCAGGCUGCGGUCCGCCACCGCACCCCGUCUCUGGAGGAUACCACCAUCAUGUUCUCCAACCUGAGGCUGUCUGAUGAGGCCGCAUAUAUCUGCGAGUACACCACCUUCCCUGCUGGGAACCGAGAGAACAUGGUCAACCUCACCGUGUUUGCUCGACCUCAGACCCGAAUGACCUUGACCACGCCCACCAUCGUGGCCCGCCCCCAGAAGCGGAAGAUGACCGUGGCGACCUGCCUCUCGGCUAAUGGAAAGCCUCAGAGUGUGAUCAAGUGGGACACGAGGCUGAAGGGCGAAGCCACGUUCCAAGAGACGCAGAAUGCCAACGGCACGGUGACCGUUAGGAGCAACUAUGUGGUCGUGCCGAGCAGAGAGACACACAAACAGAAACUCACCUGCAUCAUAACCUACAACAACGAGAGGAUUACAGACAGUGUCGUGCUCAACGUGCAAUAUGAACCAGAGGUGAAGAUCGAGGGCUUCGAUGGUAACUGGUACCUGGACCGUCAGGAUGUCAGCCUCACCUGCAAAGCUGACGCUAACCCUCCUGUUACCGUCUACCAGUGGAAAGUGGUGAAUGGAUCUCUUCCCAGCACCGUGGAGAUUCUUAACAACUCUCUGAUCUUCAAGGGCGCGGUGACCUAUGAGCUAGCUGGGACGUACGUGUGUGCUGCCACCAAUGGGAUUGGGACUCGUACUGGUCUGAUCCAGGUUAAUGUUACUGAAUUCCCUAACAACCCACCACCUGGGGGCCCUGAGAUCCCGCAGGAGCAGCACAAUGCGGGUGCCGUCAUCGGGGGCGCCGUGGGCGGGGUCGUCCUGUUAGCGGCGGCCGCCACCCUGCUCUUUGUAUUCCUGCGCCGCCGCCAGCGCACCUUCAAGGGCGACUACAGCACCAAGAAACAGGUGUUUGGGAACGGCUACAGCAAGGCCGGGGGCCUGCCAGCCCACCCUCCCAUCCCCAACAACCUGCAGUACCCAGACGACUCAGAUGACGAGAAGAAGCCUGCCCAGAUCGCUGUGACCGGAGGGUUCGAGGCGAGCGAGCGUGAUUUUGACGGAGAUGCGGAGGACUUGAAGAGGCCCUAUUUCACGGUGGAUGAAGGAGAGAGCAGAGAUUAUGACGAACGGACUCUUGCUUUCCAGUACGACCCCGAGACGGAGAUAGCCGAUGAUAUGGUGUCCCAAACCGAUGGCUCUGUCAUUUCAAAGAAAGAGUGGUAUGUGUAGGGGACACAAACAACCAAACCAACCAACCGACCUCCCGUCUCACCCUCCUACCAUUCCCCUACCACCCCCUCACCUCCAUUAGUCAACCCCAUCCCGCCUUUCAUCUCAGACAUUCAGUCCAGUGCCCCUCCAAACCCCCAACCCCAUCAGAACCCAGUCAAUUAAAACCAUGUUUUAAAAAAUGCACUAUCAAGUCCUAAGGAGCAUGCAACAUCAAAAUGUCAACAAAAACAACACAUUAAAAUGUCAACCACACAUCAACCACACAUCAACAUGUCAACACAUGUCACCAUCAAAAUAUCAACUACAACAACACAACAUGUCAACGUCAACAAAAACAGCACAACAUGUCAACAACAACACAACUUCAAAAUGUCAACAACAACAUUACAUCAUGGUGUAUUGAAAUUCCAUUAGAUGAAACUGCAAAUAAUACUAAACACGGUUUGUCAUUGGACUUGUGUGCAACCACCAUUGACUUUCAAGGCCAGACAGAAAGAGUGAUCUGGUCGCUUGGAAAAUACAGGUGGAUUAUUGUUGUGUGUUUUUCCAUGAUAUUCUAAAUGUAUUACAUGUAUAGAGACUUGGGAGAGAUGAGGUAUUUGCUGAGCACAUUGUGAAAGUCCAACACUGGAUGUAUGAUACCUUGUUUUAUUAUUCUUCUCAUCACCAAUGCCUUUUCUGCUAUUGUUUUUUGUUUAUAACUUGUUUAUGUAUGUUAUGGGUUCAACUAGGGUAACUAGAGGGUACAGUAACUAAAGGGUACAGUAACAUGUCAAUCAAAACAACAGGUUUAUAUACUGUAGAUAUAUAUGAGUUAUAUGAUUGUGUUGUUUUAAGAGAAUGAGAUGUAAUGCCAUUACAGCCCCUUCUUCUCUCCCUGGCUUCUUAUUGACUAGCAACACUACACAACAAUACAAUACUGGGUUUAACCCAAUGAUGUAUAUAAACCCUGGAUUGCUGAUGCAUUGUAUUGGCCAAUGAGAAGCUUUGAAGCCAACGGUUGGCUAUAUUGGAACUCUCCAGAAUAACUACUCCAUAAGAAUUAAAGGAAGUCUACAGUAUUUCAAUUAAAUUUUUCAAGGACAAAAUUCCAUCUAUUUAAGUAUUUUUUGUUGUUGUAGUGGGGACAGUAACGCUAGUACUUUCAAAAAUUAUACUUUAAAGCGGCAAUAUGUAUGUUUUUAGGUGACCUGACCAAAGUCACAUGGAAAUGUGUGUUAUAGAUCUGUCGUUAUCAUUGAAAGCCAGGCUAAGAAGUGGUAUAUCUGUUCUAUGUGCGCUAUUUCUGUGCUUCCCGUUCUUAUGUUUCAUUUUUGCGUCUUUUACUUUCAGUUUAUUACACCAGCUUCAAACAGCUGGAAAUAAAAUAUGUUUUGUUAUGAAAAAGAUGUUUAGCAGCGGUUUAGAUGAUACAAUGAUUCUCAACCAGGAAAUGGUGGAGCGAUUGCUGUAUAGUGCAUAUUUUUUGUUGUUGUGAUAUCCAAUUGGUAGUUACAUGCUUGUCCCAUUGCUGCCACUUCCCUACGGACUCGGGAGAGGCAAAGGUCGAGAGCCAUGCGUCCUCCGAAAAACAACCCUGCCAGCCGCACCAAUGUGUCGGAGAAAACACCAUCAAGCUGGCGCCCUUAGUCAGCUUGCAGGUGCCCGUAUUCAGCUUGCAGGCGCCCGGCCCACCACAAGGAGUCGCUAGAGCGCGAUGGGACAAGGAAAUCCCGGCCAGCCUCAUGGGUCUCCGGUCACGGCCGGCUGUGACACAGCCUGGGAUCGAACCCAGGUUUGCAGUGACACUUUAAGAACUGCGGUGCAGUGCCUCAGACCGCUACGCCACUCGGGAGGCCUGCAUAGUGCAUCUUUUUGAUUUUUAUGUUUAGCUCACAUAAUAUAAUUAGAAAGUCUGCAUUAAGGUGUCUGUUAUAGAAUACAUGUUGAAAAACUAAUGUAGACAUUAAUAAAUGCAUUUUUAUAGCUUUUUACACCCCCUGUAAGUAAUCUAGUGUAUAUAUAAAUCAUUGGUUUAACAAUGUAUUACAGCUCCCUGCAUAGUAUACCAUAAGAGUACUACAGACUAUAGUAGUGUAGUACAGAGUAUACUAUGUAUUUUGGCCAUGUAUGUUCUAGCUGUUUUCCAAAGACAUGACUGGUGUUUAUUACUCUUCAGGGUGUGUACUAAGACCUGCGGCACAUGUCAACACAACAAGCCAUAUGGACACGGCAGUAAUACAUACAGGCCUAGAGGAGAUGCCAGUAGAUAUCGAAGGACAAUGUGCUGGAAUGUGCCCUAGUUUUAGUUUCAGAUGCUGAGUUGUUUUGGCGCCAUCUUAGUUUGGCGGCCAUUUUAGAUCCAGUGAGAAAACAGGUGAGAAGGGAGAAGGUCCUGCUGUCCUGAAGCAUCCCUGUGACAAAUUCUCUUGUUAUGGGUUGUAGCGGCAUCAUGUCAUGUAUUUUCAACAUACAGAACAGUAAUGCUUCCCUUACACUCUGAGAAAUGUCAUUUCAUGAUCUGUAUCUUAAACUUGAAAGGGUUUACCUAGGGGGUUUACCUAGAGGGUUUACCUAAAGGGUUAUCCUAAAGGGUUUGCCUAUUGUUUAAUGACCCUAAUUUUGUUAUCAUUGCUCUAUUUGUCUUUAUUCUAGUUUCUGUGUUUAUUAGAGAGUUAGCAUUACCUUGUGAUUUCCGCAGAAGGCUUGUUCGAUAGUGACUUUGAGUCUGUGGUGACUGACUGGGUAGAAUUGGCCCUAAGGUACUAUACCUCCACUCACAGCACCUUCUAACAGGACCCUCCAAUGCACACAAUGGAGACGAGAACAAUGUUAAAUGUGGGUGUUCAUCUCUGCCUACAGAGAAACAUCUUUUAAAAGCAAAGGGAACAGAAAUAUGAUAAAUGUUGUCUAACUGAAUUUAGCAGCAGAUGUGUUUUUUCGUUGUGUUUAAAUAUAAAUAUAUAUCUCAACAGUCUGGAUAAGAGUCUUUCACAAUCUAGUCCAGUUGUGGCCAAUAUAAAAUAUAUUUGAUUUGUUUAACACUUUUUUGGUUGCUACAUGAUUCCAUAUGUGUUAUUUCAUAUUUUUGAUGUCUUCACUAUUAUUCUACAAUGUUUGAAAAAAGUAAAAAUAAAGAAAAACCCUUGAAUGAG